AUGUCCUCCUCACCCUCCUUCGACGCAUUCUGUGCAUAUGAAUCCUGUUCUCAGCAAGGAAUCAUCCUCUGUAAUUGCAACAACGCCCCGGAAUACGACACCCAGCGCCCCCCUGCCUCCAUUCCAGCUUGGUGUUAUGACCAUUGCGGCACCGCCAUGCUCCAUGUCCUCCAAAGCCCUCAUUACGCGGAGUGCAUGGUGCGGAGAGACAGGAAAUUAAUCAGUGCUAUAGGCACGGCGAUUAAGCGCUGGUACUUAACGUACGCCGAAAGCCUGAUCAAUCUCCUCGUCCAUAAUGUGACGACCACCUGUGGCACAAUCAACGUUAGCUGCACUAGGAAGGCACUCGGCGAGGUUUGCGCCCUUCCGAGUAAUCUUGAAGAGUGGGAGAAAGAAGCAGUGUUAGCAUUCGACCAGAGCGACCUGUCACUUGCACUUACAAGAGAGAUCUUGAGGCUUUUUGAAGGCGACGUCUCUCCAAUCAAGGACGUAAAGGUCUUGAGUGCCGAGAGUCCGGAAACACCGCUGAAGACGGUCCUCCACCUCCCUAACAACACAACCUUUCGCAACGACAACAUGGGGCAUGUCAUGUGGGUAAUUCAGACAAAGGCGGAUGAGAAAUGGGUACUCGAGCUCACUGGUGCUCAGUACGGCAUUCGUGGGGUGACCUUUCCUAGGAAUUACUUCCUAUGGAAAGUGUGCAUCACUGAACACUUUGCUGAGAGGCCAGCUGAGAAGGAGUGGGAGUGCUUAGUAGAAGCCGCCAGCGACGGGGACAAAUUACGGGCCUUUCAUCGAGACGCUGGCCGCCAUUUCUUUGAAAUCGUGAAGGCGUACUUGAAAGAACAUCCCGAAUUUGUGUACCUUGAAAAUGGCGCUUUCGAACACUCUCUCUUGGAUUCAACAGCUCGAGUUCGCCACGGUAUGGCCCAAUUUGUGGCCAACCGCUAUGGGACCAACGCUUGA